GUACUGAAAACAUUCCCAUCCUCCACGGCCGAACGAUUCCCUUCAGGCUGUACGAAUCCCGGCUACGAUUUUUUUUUUUUUUUUGCCCCUCUGACCAUUCAUUCAUCUCCUUGACUCUCCUUCCGCCGCCCAACCAACCUCUCCUCCUAGGCUUGAAUUCUUGAAUCUGAGCGCUGUCAGCGCCAGUCGAGUCCCAAAAUGCCUGUUGUAAAUGUCGACGAUUUAGUUCGCCUGCAGCGGAAACCGGAGGAUAUACGGAAUAUAUGCAUUCUGGCCCACGUUGAUCAUGGCAAAACCUCCUUGACUGAUAGUCUCAUUGCCACUAAUGGCAUCAUUUCGCCCAAGCUGGCGGGCAAGAUCCGCUAUCUGGAUUCGCGGCCGGAUGAGCAGCUGCGAGGUAUCACGAUGGAAUCCUCUGCCAUCUCGCUCUUCUUUUCCAUGAUGCGCCGCCCUGCUCCAGACGCGGCCCCCAUCCCGAAGGAGUAUCUGAUCAAUCUGAUCGACUCCCCGGGACACAUCGACUUUAGCAGCGAGGUGUCUACUGCCUCGCGUCUGUGCGAUGGAGCCAUCGUUCUGGUGGAUGCCGUAGAGGGCGUGUGCAGUCAGACGGUCACGGUGCUGCGUCAGACCUGGGUCGAGCAAUUGAAGCCGAUUCUGGUAAUUAAUAAGCUCGAUAGAUUGAUCGGUGAAUUGAAGAUGAGUCCCAGCGAAGCAUAUAAUCAUCUGAGCCGGCUAUUGGAGCAGGUAAACGCCGUAAUUGGCAGUUUCUAUCAGGGUGAACGGAUGGAGGAAGACCUUCAGUGGCGAGAGCGCAUGGAAGAGCGCGCCAAUGCAUCUGCCGCCCAGAAAGAUCGCACCACGAAGCAGACGCAAGACGGUGAGUCGACGCAGGGUAGCACUGCUGAUGCAGCCGAAUUCGAAGAACGGGACGAUGAGGACCUGUACUUUGCGCCUGAGAAGAACAAUGUGAUCUUCUGCAGUGCCGUUGAUGGCUGGGCCUUCACCAUACGGCAAUUCGCUGCAAUCUACGAGAAAAAACUUGGAAUCAAGCGUUCUGUUCUGGAGAAGGUCCUCUGGGGCGACUACUACCUAGAUCCCAAGACAAAGCGUGUUCUUGGUCAGAAGCAUCUGAAAGGACGGGCUCUGAAGCCCAUGUUUGUUCAGCUUGUGUUGGACAGUAUCUGGGCUGCUUACGAAGCUACUACUGGAGGUGGAAAAGGCAAAGGUGAUCCGGCAUUGCUGGAAAAGAUCACGAAAUCUUUGAACAUAAAUCUUCCGCCAUAUAUUCUACGCUCGCGCGAUCCUAAAAAUAUUAUGACUACGUUGUUUUCCCAGUGGCUCCCACUGUCUACGGCUGUGUUGGUGUCUGUUAUUGAAUACCUUCCUAGUCCUCCAGUGGCCCAAGAGUCUCGUCUGCCUGCUAUGAUCGAAGAGUCGCCGGGUGCCAAAUUUGUCGACGAGAAGGUGAAAAACGCGAUGGUUCAAUUCAAGACCGGCUCUGAAGAGCCAGUUGUGGCGUAUGUCAGUAAGAUGGUUGCGAUUCCAGAGAGCGAGCUAUCAUCAAGCAACAAGCGUUCCGGCAACACCAUGUCGGCAGAUGAGGCUCGAGAAAUCGCUCGGAAGAAGCGCGAAGAAAUUGCCAAAUUACAGGCGGAAACCAGUGCCCCCGAGGCAGACGAAUACGCUCGGAUCACGUCGACCUUCGAAAGAGUAGUCUUGGACGACAAUGACCAAGGAGACGAACCUGAGGAGAAGGAAGACCCAGAACACUUAAUAGGCUUUGCCCGACUUUACUCUGGCACUCUAACGGUGGGCGAUUCUAUCUAUGUCCUUGCACCCAAAUUCUCGCCUGAGAACCCCCACGCCAGCCCAGAACUUCGCAAGGUGACUGUCACGGACCUGUAUCUCCUCAUGGGCCGGAGUCUCGAGCCUCUCCGAUCAGUUCCUGCUGGAGUGGUGUUUGGCAUCGGUGGUCUUGCCGGGCAUGUCCUCAAGACGGGCACGCUAUGCUCGCAACUCGAGGGAAGUAUCAACUUGGCUGGUGUCUCUUUGCACACUCCGCCUAUUGUCAGAGUCGCGCUUGAGCCGGUCAACCCCGCCGACUUGGGCAAAAUGGUGACUGGUUUGCGUCUUCUCGAGCAAAGUGAUCCUUGUGCGCAAUAUGAGGUUCUUCCUAACGGAGAGCACGUUAUCCUGACAGCCGGUGAGUUGCAUCUUGAGCGCUGCUUGAAGGAUCUCCGCGAGCGAUUCGCCCGAUGCGACAUCCAAACCGGUCAGACAAUCGUCCCAUACCGCGAGACCAUCAUCAACGCGCCAGAAAUGGCCCCUCCGAAGAACCCAGAAGUGGGACGUGGAGGCGUUGUCGUGGUUUCGCCCUCGAAGCAAUUGACCAUGCGUCUACGAGUCGUACCGUUGCCUUCCGCCGUGACCGAAUUCUUCACGAAGCAAGUCGGAACUAUCAAGCGACUGCAGUCUGAAAAGCGAAACGCAGCCGAUGACGCCAACGGAACUCCUGUGAGCAGCCAGCCGGUCGAAACGAGCGAUGCCACAGACGAAGCCCGAGAGGGAAGCAUUCUCUCUCUACAGGAGUUCAAACAGGAACUCGGCAAGCUUUUCGACGAGAACGCAGCAGACGACAAAGAGCUCUGGAACAACGUCGUCGACAAGAUCGUCGCCUUCGGUCCUAGGCGUAUCGGACCCAACAUCCUAGUCGACGCCACAGCAGUCAACACCUGCGAGAAAUUCCUCCUCGACGACCCGACCAAGCAACCCAGUCUCUCUGCCGAAAGCAGCCGAGACGCCUUCUUCGUUCGCGACUUCUGCGACAAGAUCGCAUACGCCUUCCAACUCGCCACCGGCCAGGGCCCGCUCUGCCAAGAACCCAUCCAAGGCACGGCCGUCUUCCUCGAAGAUCUCGCCGUCAACGCCAACGAAGACGAGCUCGACCUCGGCCGACUGACCGGCGAAUCCAUCCGACUAGUCCGCGACAGCAUCUCGCAGGGAUUCCUAGACUGGAGCCCGCGAAUCAUGCUUGCCAUGUACAGUUGCGAGAUCCAAGCAUCGACCGAAGUCCUCGGCCGCGUCUACGCGGUCAUCACGCGCCGCCGGGGCCGCAUCCUCUCUGAAGCCAUGAAAGAAGGCACACCGUUCUUCACGAUCCUAGCACUCCUCCCGGUCGCCGAAUCGUUCGGAUUCGCCGAGGAGAUCCGGAAACGGACGUCGGGGGCUGCGCAACCGCAGCUGAUCUUCGCGGGCUUCGAGGCCCUCGACGAGGAUCCGUUCUGGGUGCCGGCGACGGAGGAAGAGCUCGAGGAUCUGGGCGAGUUGGCGGAUCGAGAGAACGUCGCGAAGCGGUAUAUGGAUGCCGUGAGGAGUCGGAAGGGGUUGGUCAUUCAGGGACGGAAGUUGAUUGAUGCGGAGAAGCAGAAGACGUUGAAGAAGUAGGGUCACUCACUCUUUACUCUUUAAGGGGGGUGGGGGUUGCAAAUAAAAGUAUGGGUUUAUUCAUGGUUUUUGAGGGUAGAUUUGGUUUUGUUUUUUGGUUUCUGCACUUUUGUGGUUUGUGGAAUGGUUUAGCAUGAAUAGAUUUUUUUUUCUCUCUCUUUCCUAUGUAUGCAGGUUGCCUGUCUAUGUUAGUUUGUAUAGAGGUACAGGUACUGCUACCUAGAAUAGAAACGGAAGUGCCU